AUGUCCAAUCCUCGUAGGACUCCGGCGACUCACCCGGACGGGGCCUUGUCCCUUAAGACCAACAUGCCCCUCCGGAAAGGCCUCACCUUCCACUCUCCUACAUCUCCUGGCUCAGACGUUUCCGCCUUCAGACCCCCGUCUCUGCCACGUCGAUCACAGACCAGCUUGGACGACGUGAUCGAUGCUCACAAACGACGCAUGCGUAUCACCCUCGACAGCAUCGACCAGACCUUGUCGGCCUCCCAGGACGAGUCCAAGACCUUGGUUGACAAAACCUUCCCCUUCCCCGACGGCCUCCGCAAGCACUCGGUCGCCAUGUUGGACGAACCCGAAAAGGAGCGUCGUGUGCUGCGCCCGCGAUCAACCCUUCGUCGCCCCGCGAGACACCACGAUUCAGACAGUGGUCUCGGCACUUCUGUCGCGACAUCCAAAGAUAAAGCCGCCGUCGACUCUGGCAAGAAGGGCAAGACGUCAUCUGUCAAGCCGUCGACUAUUACCCGGUCCGCGGCUGCGACCACCACCCUGCCUGGCCUCAGCAACCGGGCCACAAACAAAAUCUGCGAGCAUAUCCUGAAACCGCUUCUUGCAAAGCCUGAACUCAAGACCUUCCACCCACUUGUUAUUGAUUGUCCCAGAAGGAUCAAGGAGAAGGAGAUCCUUUGUCUUCGAGACCUCGAGAAGACGCUUCUACUAAUUGCACCUGAGAGCUCCAAAGUCGCCGACCUGUGGCUUGACUUCUGCCUCACCACCGUCCACUGCAUCCAAGCGACUGUUGAAUACCUCAGUGACCGAGAACAAACUCGACCUCGCGACCCUCCUUACGGAAGCGGAUACUUCAUCGACCUUGUGGAACAACUUCAAAUCUACGCCAAACAAAUCGCUGACGCCAAGGACAAGAAGCCUGCCGGAGACAACAUGGACGUCAAUGCCUCCGACGAGAUCAAACUCCAUGGCGGCAUCCAUGUCAAUGGUCGGCCAGUACAGCUCGUUCGUGUGAACAAGGACGGCAAGGCGAUCUCACUCGCCACCGGAGAAGUUGUCGAGAUGGACGAAGACAACGAUGGCCCAGUCAAAGUUAAACGAUCUGCCUCCGAGGAAGCGGCCGAUGAAGACGAAAUCAUGCGCUCAAUGGCGCGACGGAAGAAGAAUGCAAGCCCGGAGGAGCUGGCGCCAAAGAAAUGCCGCGAGCCGGGUUGCACGAGAGAAUUCAAGCGACCUUGCGACUUGACCAAACACGAGAAGACCCAUUCUCGGCCUUGGAAAUGCCCCAUUGAGAGCUGCAAGUACCACGACUAUGGCUGGCCCACAGAGAAGGAGAUGGAUCGUCACUGCAACGACAAGCACUCGAUUGACCCACCGAUGUACAAGUGCUUGUUCCCUCCUUGCCCUUACAAGUCCAAGAGGGAGUCCAACUGCAAGCAGCACAUGGAGAAAGCCCACGGGUGGCAGUACGUGAGGACCAAGACAAACGGCGGCAAGAAGACAGCAAGCAAGUCCGGCAGCGUCACUCACAGGACGCCCCAGAUCCAGGGACUGCCCACUCCGAUCAGCAACCCCAGUGUUGGAAUGGCAACUCCUCCCGAGGAGAGACUCCAGUACCAGCCCAACAGUAUUGAGUUCCCUGCCUAUCUCCCAGAGGCGGAGCCCUUCAACUUCAACACGUUGCCCCAGGAGAUCCACUUGGACACGAUGGACGCAAUGGACUACUCUGAUUAUUCGCCGGUCGACAACGCAACUCCGAUCACAGAUCCUGGCUUGGACAGCUCUUCCAUCACCUUCCAGGACGCGUCCACAACGGACUACCAGUGGGACGACAUCUACAGCGCAAACCAGGCGCAAGUGCCAGCACCGACAUUUAACAAGGAGCUCGCCAUGCAGUUUGCCGCAUUCUCAGAGGCAGAGCUCUGCAAGACGCAGGUUGCGCCUCACAUUUCUCCCAUCGGACAGGGCAACGCGAUGCUGUAUACUCCACACUCUCUGGCAGAUGUUGACGAGAGCUUCGAUGAUAUCCCUGUGGGCAUGAGCGGUGGGGCAGACUUCCUUCUGUUCCCACCAACUACCGAGGCCAAGCCCAUGACGUACAACGAGUCUCCACUCUUCAGCAAUGAGAUGCCUUCUGUCGCGGCCGGCUACUCGCAGCCAAACUCGCAAGAAUUUUGGGGCGUUGAUUGGUCCGCCAACCAGUACGGAUACUCUCAACACUAA